AUGUCCUUCACAAAGCUGCCAACUAAGGCGCUGACUGGUACAGGAGUCAAAGAUGGCCUUGUCAAAAAGAAGAUGUUUGUUCCCGAAGUUUCUCUCUCCAAUGUCAAAAAUGUCCCAAAAGAGUUUCAAGAUAUUUUGAGGUCGGCGUUAGGUGUUCUUUUUAAAAAAUUUACUGAAAAUUAUAACAAUAGAAUCAUGAGGUAUGGUAACUUCGAAGAAAUUGAGUUUUUGAAAAGCGAACCCCAAGAAAUGCUAAGUAAUUUCAUAAAUAUAUAUGGAAAUAUAGUGGCAAAUGAUCCUAGUGACAAAUUGGUUAAAAUAGAUAAAAUAGUCAUCAAAUUUCUUGAAGGAUUUGUCAAUGAAAAAGAAAAGAGUUUGAAAGCUUUUUUGAAUGAGAAACAAGUCAAAAAGGUUGAAACAGUUGCAGAAAAACCAAGGGAAGAGUUUGCUAAUUUUCAUGAUUUUUAUAUUCACUACUGA